AUGGAAGAGUUUUCUUUGAAACUGGCGAGAAUCAACCAAUCCGAGCGCGCGCCAGCCGGGGUAAAUGGCUGCCCUUUCCAGUUAACUAGGUCGACUCCAUUUAAGCCUCGGUCUCAGUUAGCGACUCUCCAUCGCGGACGCGCCCAGUGUGGAGGCCGAUUUCUUUCCAGCCCAAAUUGGCCCCUGUCCACCUCUCUGGCUGCUCCGCAGUCUCAGCGACCGGCCGAUUUAUUUCGAGGUUUGACAGCGAGCGGCGGCGCUGCCACCAAGAGCUACGCUUGGCUCCCGCUCCCGGGAACGCCGCGGAAGCUGGUGCCCGGCUUUUCCCUUCUUGGAGUGGAGAAACGCAGGCGAGCCGCUGGUUUACAGCUGCUUGACAAUCGGAGUGUUUGCACUUCUCCUAGAGGUUUGGCUUCAGCAUCUACUUUUGCUGCCACUGCUAGUUCAGGCGCCAUGCUGUUUACCUCAUUCUCAAAUGCUUCUACUUCCACUGCUGCUACUGGGUUCUCAUUUGGUGCCCCAUCAACUUUGGCUGGAGUAUUUGGUGAUACAACUUCAGGAUUUGGAUUAAAAUUCCCUGGAAUAGGUGGAGCAGUUUCUACAGCAUCUACUACAUCAACUACCACCACCACCACUAACACCACCACCACUACCACCACAACCACCAGUGGCUUUACCUUCAAUCUAAAACCAGUGACAUCAUCUGGGAUUAGUAACACUGUUCCAGUCGGUAUUACUCCUGUACCUUUUACUUCGACUGUUGAUGCAAUUGUAACUCCGGUGAUGACAUAUGGUCAGCUGGAUGCUCUGCUAAACAACUGGAGCCUUGAGUUAGAGGAUCAAGAGAAACACUUUCUUCACCAGGCCACUCAGAUCAAUGCUUGGGACCAUAUGUUGAUUGAAAAUGGUGAGAAGAUUACUGCUUUACAUGGAGAAGUAGAAAAAGUGAAACUGAAUCAGAAAAGACUGGAACAAGAAUUGGAUUUUAUCCUUUCACAGCAGAAGGAACUAGAAGAUCUCUUGAUCCCUUUAGAGGGAUCUGUAAAGGGCGAAAGUGGGUCUGCUUAUCCGCAGCAUACAGAUGAGGAGCAUGAGAGGACUUACAAUGUAGCAGAAAAUAUAGAUGCUCAGCUGAAACAAAUGGCCCAAGAUUUCAAGGACAUUAUUGAGCACCUGAAUACAUUUGGAAGUCCUGCUGACCCUACUGACCCGCUCCAGCAGAUCUGCAAAAUUCUGAAUGUUCAAGUGGACUCUCUGCAGUGGAUUAAUCAGACUUCAGACAUGCUGCAAAGGAAGGUGGAAGAGGUCACAGAGGUUUUCGAGCAUCCUUGUCGCAAGGAGCAGGAACGCAAUGUCGUGAUUGCUUUUGAUUGAAUGACCAUAUCUUCAGCAUGUUGUUUCUAGGUUAUGUAUUACCUACAAAUUUUGAUUGUGUUCAUUAGAGUAGUAUUUACAGUUAUUAUUCAAUCUUUGGUAGCAAUAAAGUGUGUGUGUAUUUUUUUCCACUUAAAUAUUGUGCUACUGAGAAUUAUACUGUAGUUUGGCUUUAAGUAAUAGCAAAUCAAAACUAUAUCAGCCCUUCAGUCUAGGCAGCAACCUAUUUGAUGUUGACUCCGUGUGUUUAAUUCAUGUCUUACUUUCCUAGAGUCCAUGUUACCACCAGCAUACAUUCAUAGAGAAAUGUUUGCCAAAAAAAUAGAUGCCAGCCAGUCUUUACUGAGUGCCUGUUAACAUUCAGCAUAUAGUGCUAGGUACUGUGAAGUCUCUCUCCUCAAAGGAACUUACUGUCUACUUUGACAUAUAAUUACUACCUGUCUGUAUAAAAGUAAUAUAGACAGUACAGGGAAGUAUGCUAUGAAUUACAGAAAGUAUGCUAUAGAAAUUCAGAGAAGGAAGGAAAUGUUAGGGUGGAUUUGGGGCUUGAAUUAGGUUAUUUUUAAAAGGGUAAAGUUCAGGCAAUUCAUUUUUGAUGUAUGGAUAAUCUGGUGUUCUACUUGGUUUUAGCAAAUGAUUUAUAGUUGUUGGUUUCGUGUAUUUGUAUAUCUGUUUUUCAAGCAAAAGCCUUGUUCAUAGCUUGAUCUCUUGUGUUUCAUGUUUUACCUAAGUCAUAAAUAAAGGCAGUGCUCUAAAAAAGAAAAGUAAAACACUAAAAUAAACUGCUUUAAAGUUUUUGAGUGACUAG